CUCACAGAGGCUGGCCGAGCCCCAUAGGAUCUUUGGACCGAGCCGUCAAUCAGGACGCGAGGGGCGGGCCGAGCGGCAGCAGCGGUGCCCGGCCAUGGUGGGCAAGGAGAAGGAGCUGACCAUUCACUUCAGCCCGGGCUCGGUGCGGCUGGUCGAGGAGGAUGUAUAUGUUCCCGACCGACGGGUACUGGUCACCGGAGCCUCAGGACUACUGGGCCGGGCCGUGCACAAGGAGUUCCUGGAGAACGACUGGGAUGCAGUGGGCUGUGCCUACAGGAGGGCUCGGCCCCGGUUCGAGACAGUGAACCUGCUGGACCCAGGGGCCGUGCGGAGGAUCAUACAAGACGUUAAGCCGCAGGUUGUCGUUCACUGCGCAGCAGAGCGAAGACCAGACGUGGUGGAAAACCGGCCCGAUUACGCCAGGCAGCUGAACGUCAGCAGCUCGGGAUGCCUCGCCAGGGAAGCAGCUGAAAUCGGAGCCUUCAUGAUAUACCUGAGCACAGAUUAUAUAUUCGAUGGAUCACACCCUCCCUACCGGGAAGGCGACACUCCAAACCCUCUCAACCUCUACGGCAAAACCAAGCUGGAAGGGGAGAAGCAGGUUUUGCACAAUCACCCCGGUGCAGCGGUGCUGCGAGUGCCGGUGCUGUACGGGCCGGUGGAGGAGCUGGGCGAGAGUGCGGUGACCAUCCUCUUCGGGCCAGUGCAGGGGUGCGAGCGGAUGGCCAGCGUAGACCACUGGCAGCAACGUUACCCCACCCACGUGGCCGAUGUGGCCCUGGUGUGCCGGCAGCUGUCCGAGCGAUGGCUACAGGACUCCUCGGUCAGUGGGGUUUUCCACUGGUCUGGCAAUGAGCAGAUGACCAAGUUCCAGAUGGCUUGCACCAUGGCAGACGUCUUCAGACUCCCCAAUGCCCACCUGCGCCCGGUGACAGAGCCCCCAGCCCAGGGCACAGCGAGGCCGCGGGAUUGCCGCCUGGACUGCUCGCGUCUGGAGAGGAUGGGGCUGGGGCACAGGACGCCGUUCCGGGCGGGUGUGAGGCGCUGCCUUUGGCCCUUCCUGCGGGACAAGCAGUGGCAGCAGACGGUCUUCCACUGACCAGUAGGGCGGCACGGUGGCCGGAGGGGCUGCACCGGCUACCCACUGCCACACCAUGGAUAUGGCCCGUCUGGGUCACACAUACACAGACACAGACAGGUACAAACGUUCAUACUCAGACAGAUAGACACGCAACACAUGGACAGGCACAGACAGACACACGAAAACACAUACAGGCACAGACAGACAAACGCACACAUGCAAACACCUACAUAGGUGCACAGACACACACGGACUGACAGAGACAGACACACUGACACACCCACCACUCGCCCCAGGGACAGUCGGAGCUCCCUGCCCUCUCGCCCCUUUGCAGGUCAGGGUUUAUCAGCCCGCUCCUGACCGCCGUCCGCAGUGAAAGAGAGAGAGAGAGUGUACGCCCACUCUGUUGCCCUUCUGCUGCCCUGUGCAGUGGUCAACACUCCUCUCUCCCCCCCUCGCCCCCCUCUCCCGGCGCCAGAACUAAGGCUUUGGCAGUGGCUGCUUCGGCUGCUUGUGUAAGUGAGGAGCGGAUGGUCCCGCCCUCUCUGUCUGCCUCCGUCUCCCCUCAGUGUAGACUACCCUCUGACCUCGCUACAAUCCCCGUCCAUGUCCCCAUUCCAACGAAUGCAGCGCAUCUGAACCUAUGGGGGGGGGGGGGGGGG